CAUUUAAUUAUUUUAAAUUCUAAACCUCUCAUAAUUAUUCAUUGUCAAUAUGAGGUAAUUUCUUUUAAUGAUUUUUUGUACUUCUUUGUCCACCUAGUUUUUAUAAUAAACGUUUAAACGUCCAUAAAAUGCUGUUUAUCCUGAUAUUUGAUAAUACAACCAACUAUGAAUAAUAAUUUCAUCUUUGGACUAAAAUGCGACCAUGGGUGGAACACCACCCGGAGAAAGGAUACCUAAUAAAAAAUCAUUUUUUUGUAAUUGGCACAUGCUUUGUUAAACCACCCAUGAUCACUCGUGACAAUAAUCACUUCCAUUGAAGUGUUUUCAUGAUAUUUGUUUUUAAUGUUUGUAUUUGAUCAAAGUGAAAAAACUAUUUUUAAAUCAUUAGAGAUCGAAAUUGAGCCAAAAUGCAUCCAACUCUAUAAUCUAUUAAAGUGUUCUUAAAUCAUUAAAAUACUUCUAUUUGUUUUUGUUGUAUGUAUUUGAUCAUAAUGGAAUAACUAUUUUUAAAUAAUUAAAGAUUGAAAUUGAGCCAAAAUGCACACGUAUUAUGCAAAAAACAAAAAUUCAAGAAGAACGUUGGAUUUCAUAUCAACAAUUCAAAGAUUUUGGUUAAUCUAAACGAAUACUAAAUAUAAUUUUGUUAGAUAAAAAUUAAGAAAACCUUAGAUUUAGUUUUAUAUACAUUCGACUAAAAAAAUUAAUAUCAAUAGUUCAACCUGACUAACGAAAUAAAUUUCUCUUAAAAUUUCGUGGAACAAUCAUAUUUACGAUCCAUAUUCGAGACUAAUUGUUUAGAAAUUUAUGUUGUAGAAUGUUGGCUUAAAAUUUCCAAAAAGGUUCUGUCAUUAUUUUAUUAUUGUUUCCCCAACUGUACUCCAAACAACAACACAUAUUUAUAGAAACCAUUUAAUACGUUGUGACACUUAACACUUUCCAUCUUUAAGUUGACUUGUUUAAUUUAUUUUCCCCAAUUUUCUUUUUUAUAGUUAAUUUCUUCUUUUCUUUGUACGUAAUUUGCAAUCACACACCGGGUUUCAAGCAUUUAUUUCUUGAAAGACCCCUUUUCUUUUCGUUUCUUUUCUACUAGUUAGUUAGUGCAUGAAGAAAAACAAUUUUUUAAAAAAAGAAGGAAGAAGGAAGAAGAAGAAGAAGAAGAAGAAAUAAUGGAAGAUUAUACUUUGCCACCUGGGUUUAGAUUUUACCCAACAGAAGAAGAGCUUGUUUCAUUUUAUUUGUAUCAUAAGCUUGAAGGUGGAAGACAGUAUUUUAAUGGUGUUGUUGAUCAAAUCAUACCUAUUUUGGAUAUAUAUCACUUCAAUCCUUGGGAUCUUCCACAAUUUGCUGGGGAGGUGUGCAAGAGAGAUGAAGAACAAUGGUUUUUCUUCAUACCAAGGCAAGAAAGUGAAGCAAGAGGAGGAAGACCAAAGAGAGUGACAAGCAGUGGAUAUUGGAAAGCAACUGGCUCGCCAACAUAUGUUUACUCUUCAAACAAUCACAGAAGCAUUGGUAUUAAAAGGUCUAUGGUUUUCUACAAUGGAAGAGCCCCCAAGGGAACCAAAACUCAAUGGAAAAUGAAUGAAUAUAAACUCGUCCCUGGGGAACAACCUUUUCCAGCUUCUACCACAAUUCCUAAGUUGAGCUUGUGUCGGAUUUACAAGAAAUCAAAGACAGUGAGAGCAUUCGAUAGAAGACCGCCACCACCGCAAGUGGAGGCUCCAAUUCCGACUGAGCUACGAGCAACAACGUCUCAACAUAACGAUGUGGGUGAUCAAUUUGUAGACGAUGACCAGAAGUUAUCUAAUCCGCUAUUAAUGACGACGGAGAGACCGUGCUCGCCGGAGUCUUCUUCCUCUGGAGAUGACCAUGGAGAAUCGUCAACCAACGACAAUAAUGGGCAGUUGAAGAUGGAAGUUGAUAAUAAUGAGCUUGUGUGGGAUUGGAACCAUUUAAAUUGGCUCUAGAGAUAGUAGUCUUCAACUUCAAGGAAAAGGAUAGAAUUCAUAUUGAAGAGGAAACUUUAUUCCCAUAAGUCAAAUACCAAUUUUAAUUAUCAUAAACUCUUUAUAUAUUUAUGAACUAUCAUACACUCUUCUAUAUCUAUAUACAUUUAUGUGAGCCAUUGACUUGACCAUAGUUUAUUGGUCCUGUUAAGUUACUAUAUAUAUAUAUCCCUAAUUGAGAGUUAUGCUAUCAAUACUCGAGAUCAUAGUUUAUUGGUCUCUUUUGAUUUAAA